UCUUGCGCACCGCACGGCUGCCGUGAUGGACGUGAAGCACGCGUGUCGCUGCUGCCUGCGGUGUCCGCCGGACAAGGACCUGACGACGCCGUACACACAUCUCGGCAAAACGGAGAUAUAUGCCGUCAUGGUCAAAGAGUGCUUUGAUAUACAUCUGGUAGUGGACGGCGCGGGCUCGUGCGGCAUCUGCUCUAUGUGCGUGGGCCGCCUGCGAGACGCGAGCGACUUCAAGCUGCAAGUGCAGCGCAGCCAGGCGGAGCUGCAGGCACUGCUUGUUAAAGCGGAGUCUGCGGUCAAAUCUGAGCAGGCUGAUGAUGAUUCCGUGUUCGAUGUGUUAUGUAAGUAG